AUGGUACUAGGGGAAGCCCCAAUCUUCAGAGCAAGCGACUCUACCCUUCAUUGGGUCGACUGCCUCUCCGAGCCCUCAAGACUUUAUAUCUUGAAGCUUGAUGAUUCGGGCGAUGCUGUUGGGGAAGCUCGAGUGCUUGAUCUUGAAGAUAGUGUGACCGUGGUCUUUUUCCGGAAGGAUAAGCCCGGUUAUAUUGCCGCGUACUACCAAGGGAUUUGUUUCAUCGACGAAGAGACGGGGAAAAUGGAAAUCGUCAAAGAGAUUAUUCCAACUGCCGAGCGCGAUGAGCUUCGAUUCAACGAUGGUGGAAUUGAUGCGAAGGGGCGAUUCUGGCUUGCGGAGAUAGAUAAGAAAGCCAUGUCAUUUGGUCCAAAUCAACUCCCGGACAAUUAUGGAACCCCUCGUGGACGACUUUGGCGUUAUGAUCCUGAUGGAAGCCUACACCUGAUGAUUACUGAAGGAAUUGUGUGUGGAAAUGGGCUGGGUUGGAGUCCAGAUAACAGAACCAUGUAUUUCCAUGACUCUGUGGCCAUGGUCGUAUGGAAAUAUGAUUUCGACCUGGAAACCGGCAACAUUUCUAACAAGCGAUUGUUAAUCGAUCGUCGCGACUCGUUUGGUGAACCCGAUGGCAUGGUGGUCGAUACUGAUGGUAAUUUGUGGAUUGCAAUGUUCGAUUCCAAUCGGGUCAUGGUCUUCAGCCCAAGUGGCCGACACUUGAAAGAUAUUGUUUUCUCAAGCAGAAAUCCUGCUUGCACCACUUGGGGUGGCAAGAACUUUGACAUCAUUUAUGUUGCCAGUGGAAUGAUCCGUCGUGGAAAGCCAAAUCCGGCCGAUGAGGGAGGACAUAUGUUUCGCUAUAAGCCGACUGACGCGCGUGGGCAGCCAAAAUACGAAUUUGACGGCUGA